GGGGGCGCAUCAUCGAGCGGCUCACCGACAACAAGUGAACGAGCUUCGGCAUCGCUGCCUGAAUCAGAUGCCGCUUCGGGAUCUGCAUCGCUGUUGUCGGCGGGCCCGUCGUCUGCAGAGACUGCUUCGGCUGCAGUGCUUGACGCGAUAACAGUACGAGGGGUGAUGUGGCUGUGGCGGGCGCGAUGAUGUCGAGGCUGCCAGUCGGCGUCGGCGGCGGCGGCUUGCCUGGUGGAGGCGGAGACGACGGUGGGCCUUUGUGGCCGUCGGCGGGGACGGUGGACAUGCUGGCAUCGUCGCUCAACUCGAUGACCAUGUCCGGAAGCCUAAGCCACAAGUUUCGUGGCUCGAUGGGAUGGGCGGAGAUGUCACUCGAGUCGCGCGGCGGCGGCAGCGGCGGCGGCGGAGCCGGCGAAUCUGGGCGGGUGGCGAGUCUUGCCGACUUUGAGCCGCUGAAGACGGUCGGCGCCGGGCUGUUCGGACGAGUGUAUCUGGUGCGGCACAAGGAGAGCAACGAAGUGAUUACGGUCAAGGUAGUGCGGAAGGAGCAUGUGGUGGCAAGCGGGCAGGUGGCCAACCUUCGCCGCGAGAUCGAGAUUCUCUCGGCGCUCGACUCGGAGCUUGCGGUCAUGUUUGUUGGCUCGUUCCAGAACUUGCUCAAUGUCUACAUCCUCACCCUCUACGUGCCCGGCGGCGAGCUGCUGACCCAUCUCGAGGCGCAUGGGCAGUUUCCGCCUGCUACAGCCGCCUUUUACACCGCCGAGGUCGCCAUGUUCCUCCUCGACCUGCACGCCACGGGCAUUGUGUACUGUGACAUCAAGCCCGAGAACGUGCUUCUCGACUACAGCGGCCACAUCCGGGUCUGCGACUUUGGCUUUGCGCUCUUUGCCUGCGACAUUGACGACAUGCCGCCGGCGCCGCGCGGGACGCCGGCGUACAUGGCGCCCGAGGUUGCCGCCCGCGGUGCUGUCUCGUUUGCUUCCGACUGGUGGUCGCUCGGCAUCCUGCUCUGCGAGCUGGUCACCGGCAGCACGCCGUUUGACCACAUCGGUGCGCCCGAGGAGGUGCUCGCCGCUGUCGCCGCUGUUCCGGAUCCUGUUCUGCUACCUGACGAGCUCGACGCAGGCGUUCUCGACCUCCUCCGCGUCCUCCUCUCGGUCCCGCCCGCGGGCCGGCUGCUCGACGCCAACCAGCUCCGCAGUCAGCCACUCUUUUCCCACCUCGACUGGGACAACCUGCCGGCGUCCGCCGCACCGCUCAUUCCGGCCGUUUGCGGGCCGACCGACACUCGGUACUUUGCCGACUACGAGUUUGACGCCUACGACUGGCUCGAGCGCCCGCUGCUGCCCGACGGGACCGAGGACAUCUCGGGCCACGAUCCGUACCGCGAGCUAUUCGCAGAGCUGUGA